AUGGCGGACAUCAAAGCCCCGGAGUCGGCCAGCACUCUAGCUGUGCCCGGCACUCUGCCGCAAAACGGAGCCAUUUCCUCCCCUUCCAGUGUCAGCGGCCUCAGUCUUGUCGACGACAAAGAUGCUGGAAGCGUCUUCGAGAAGGCUUCGCGAUCCGAUGUCGAAGCCGAAGCUGAAGGAGAGAAGCUGGAACCGGUCGUUAGCUCCGAGCACCCCACCGGUCUGAAGCUAUUCUUCAUUGUCAUCGCCGUCAUCUGCAGCAUUUUCUUGGUCGCUCUUGACAUGACCAUCGUCGCGACAGCCAUCCCCAAGAUUACAGAUGAGUUCCGCAGCCUCGAUCAGGUCGGCUGGUAUGGCAGCGCCUUUUUCCUCACUCUAGGCGCCUUUCAGUCGACCUGGGGAAAGGCGUACAAGUACUUCCCUCUCAAGACCAGCUUCUUGGCCUCCAUCUUCGUCUUCGAGAUCGGCAGUUUGAUUUGCGGCGUGGCACAGAACAGCACCACUCUAAUUGUGGGAAGAGCCAUCGCAGGUGCAGGCGGCGCCGGCAUCGCUGCAGGUGCCUACACAAUCCUUGCCUUCACCGCACCUCCGGGCCAGGCUGCGGCUUACACCGGCAUUCUUGGCGCUGUAUAUGCUGUCGCCAGUGUUGUCGGUCCCCUCCUCGGCGGUGCUUUCACCGACCACGUCUCGUGGCGAUGGUGUUUCUACAUCAACCUUCCAAUCGGUGGCCUAGCUGGCCUCAUUAUCCUCAUCUGGUUCCAGACUCCGAAGAAGGCAAAGCCUACCGAGGCACCUCUCUUGGAGAAGUUCUAUCAGAUGGACCCUCUUGGCACUUUUGUUCUCUUGGCCGCUUUCACCUGCCUCAUUCUCGCGCUGCAGUGGGGUGGCACUACCAAGUCCUGGCAUGACUCCGACGUCAUCGGCACCCUCGUCGGCUUCGGCGUGCUCAUCUUUGUCUUUAUCGCCGUCGAGAUUUGGCUGGACGACCGCGCCCUACUGGUGCCGCGUCUGAUGAAGCAGAAGACCAUCGCCUACCUCUCUCUCUUCCAGUUCUUCGGGUCGGGCACCUUCAUGCUCUUGCUGUAUUACCUGCCCAUCUAUUUCCAGGUUGUCUCGGGCGUGUCGGCCGCACAGUCUGGCGUCCGAAAUAUCCCCUACAUUCUCGGCAUCGCCCUCUUCACCAUCUUUUCCGGCGGCACCAUCACCGUGACAGGCCACUACCUGCCGCUGUUGGCCGUGGGUAGCGUGCUAGCUACCGUAGGAAGUGGCCUCAUCUUCACGCUCGACGUCGGCUCGCCGUCAUCACACUGGAUCGGCUACCAGGCGCUGGCUGGCAUCGGUAGCGGGCUGGGCAUUCAGGUUGGCGUCAUCGUCUCGCAAGCCAUCGUACCCGCCGUCGACGUGAGCUCCGUUACAGCUAUCAUCCUCUUCUGGCAGACUCUUGCUGGGGCUAUCUGCGUCAGCGCCGCCCAGUCGCUCUUCGCCAACCGCCUGGUGCGCUCCGUACCCCGGGAGGUGCCCGGCCUCAAUCCAGGCCUCGUCAUUGCCACCGGCGCCACCGAGCUGCGCGACGUUUUUGGUGAAGACCAGAUUGCCGGUGUCAUUCGCGCCUACAUGGAUGGCCUGAAGGAUGCCUACGCGCUUGAUAUCGCCCUAGCCGGUUGCUCAGUGCUUGUCGCCCUGGCCAUGCUGCUAUUUGACUACAGGAAGGUCAAGAAGGGCAUGGUUGGCGCAGGCGGCGCUUGA